GGGACAAGGUUAUAUAUGGUCAUUUUCCUACCAUUCUUGUUUUCACACAGUUUUUGUCUAUUUAAUUUGAAGGCACUGGAGUUGACUGCAGGAGAGAAGAAUUGUCUUGUAGCACGAUCAAAAUGUCACCUACAGCUUGGAGAUAUGCUCAGUGCCCUCAGUGAUGCUGAAGCCUCGCUAGAAGAUGACAAAGAUUAUCACAAGGGAAUAUACCAAAAAGCACAGGCAUUGUACUACCAAGGAGACUUUGAGAUGGCACUUGUAUUUUACCAUAGAGGUCAUAAACUGCGACCAGAGUUACAAGAAUUCAGACUGGGUAUCCAGAAAGCACAGGAAGCUAUAGACAACAGUGUUGGUUGUAAGUCUACCAAGACAGUGUUCCCUAACAUAACUGACUUUAGACCUCCUGUUAAGAAACGACAGCGAGUUGUUUGCAGGAGAACUGGUUGGAGUCUAGAUAAAGUGUUGUCCUAUAAACCUUCCCUUUCUACCUUUCCUCCUUCUGUCUCUAACAUGAAAUCUUCUAAUAAAGCACCAGAAACUGUUAAACUCACAACAGAGGGAGAUUUGUCAUACUUUGACCAGUUACUUGAUGAUAAAAAAAUCAAACGUAAAACAAAUACAUAUGGUAGACAAGCAACUCAACAACUUAAUAAAUCAACAACACAACGGGUACCUGUAGGCAGUGAGAAAACUAUAAAACAACUUCUAGGUGAACUGUAUGGUGAUAGACAAUAUCUAGAAAAACUCCUCAAAGAAACAGAUCCAAAAUCUGAAAUGGGUAAAACAAUAUCUACAUUGGUGAAUGAUGGUCUAUCAUACCUGGACACACGGUCAGAUUUCUGGAGACAACAGAAACCAAUGUAUGCACGCAGACAUGACCGACUGAUGCAGAGAAGGAAACGUGAAUCUGCCUCUCACAAACUCUCACCUAAUGAUUAUAUCUUGAAGGAACUCGAAAGAAUUGAUCAAGCCCAGGUUGAAGGUCGUUACCAGGAAGCAUUGAAGAGAUCGCAGAAAUGUUUAUCUACUGUACAAGGGUUCUCGGAGGAUGACGUACCUAACAAAGUGGAGGUUGUGGCUAACAUACAUAGUUGUAUUGGUAAUGCCCACCUUGAGUUGGGAGCUUAUGACAAAGCUCUAGAUAGUCACCAGACAGACUUAAACCUCGGAGAGAGAAAUGAUAUGACAGAAGCAGUAUCUAGAGGUUUGGACAAUAUUGGCCGUGUUUAUGCCAGAAAGGGAGCAUUUGCUAAAGCUAUUGAAGUAUGGGAACGUAAGUUACCUAUGAGUAAGUCACCGCUGGAGAGCACGUGGUUGUACCACGAGAUAGGCCGCUGUUAUCUGGAACUUGAUAAGUAUACCGAGGCUAAGAGUAAUGGUGAACAGUCAGAGACUGCAGCUCUAGAAGCCGAGGACCAGAUGUGGCAGUUACAGGCCCUUGUCCUAACUGCCCAGGCAGAAGUAAAACUUGGUCAGUUAACAGCAGCAGCAGCAACCUUUGAAAAAGCUUCAGAGCUAGCAAAAUCACAAGGAGAUAAAUCUGCAGAGUCUGCCAUAAAGAAAGCUAUUGAUGAAAUAAACAGUAAGAUUGUAGCUGAUGGUAUACAACCUGCCCGUGAAGAGACAGAGAAUAAAGAUGAAAAUGAAAAUGCUGCUGAUGCUGAUAAAACAGCAGAGAAAACAGAUGAUGUAGCCGAGGAGAAGCCAGCUGAAACUAUAGAAACUGGUAACAAACAAGAAGAAUCAUCAAGUAAUAAAGUAUCACCAAAGACCACACCUAAAGUUACACCACGUGACAAUAAAGAUACUUCUAGUGAGAAACCUGAAGAUAAAGCUGACACUACAGCAGAAAAUACUGACACACAACAAGAUAAAAAAGAAGAAGAAGAUGCUAGAUCUGAUAUUUAAAUGAUGGGAGUUUUACUCGCCUGAAAAAAAUCAAAUUAAUAAACAAAUCAAAAAAAUGCUUAUAAGGUCAUACCAUGUCAGUGAAUGUGUGAUCUCUUUAAAGAAAUACCUGUCAACAUUAACUAGCUAAAUUAAUGUUUUUCAUUCUAAAGUAUUCAGUAUUUUGAUUAUUUUUAGGUCAAGUUUGGACUUUUAAAGAACUUUUGAAUUUAUUUUUUGAAUAGCUGAAAUUUUUAAAAUAGCAGAUGCUUGAGGAGGUACAGCGUAUUUUCUUUUUUCAAUUAUUCUGCAUUUAGAUUUAAUUUUAUCACUUGAAAAUUCAAAAAGAAAUAUUCCUUUAACUGUUAAUGCCUGUUGAAGAAAUACAUUUACUAUCUUAAGAUAGUUUAAGUAAGUUUAAUAUACAGUGUAAUACUUAUGGAAGAAAUUUGGUUGAAAAUUUCCCCAAGUUAAUGUAAUCAAAAUUGACUUUAAGAAAAAUAGAUAAUAAUUUUUGAGAUAACUAUUGUGAGAAAAAGGCUGUGAAAUAUUUUAGCUAAUGAGGGUGUUUUGUUUAGAUUGAUUUAUAAAUCCAGCUAUUUGACAAUUAUUCCACCUGUAAUGUGUUAAGUUAUUUUGUUAAUGUAUUAAUCUUGUCAAAAACUGGAGAUUAUCUUUUGCCAACCAUUGUUUUACUGCCAACUGUAACAUUCUUGCCAAAGUACAUGUAUCAUUUUUUUCAGUAUCAUUUCUAACACUAAUUUUUGAAAUGCAAGGGGUACAACUGUGAACAGCAUAAUUUUUCAAUAUUUUAGAAUUUGCUCCCUUGGAUCUUUUGAUAUUUAUGAAGUCAACAUUUAAAUUUUAAUUAGAUAAUUUAUCAAAAUGAAUGGUUAAUUUCUAUCAGAUAUAAUAUAUAUUUAUACUAAAUGCUGUUUUAGAAAAGAAAUGCAUAAAAAAGAAAAAUGUG